AUGUCAUUCAGCAGAGAGAACAUGGUCGAAACAAAUCUCCUUAAUGGAACCAGCCAGGAUCAGGAUAAUACGGAAACGUCAGCUGCUCUGUUGGAGCAGUUGGUCUAUAUUGAUCAUCUGAACAUUCCCGACGUCGACCCGACAAAUUUCGAUGAUCAACUGUCUGCUGAGCUAGCAGCUUUUGCCGACGACUCAUUUAUUUUCCCCGAUGAAGAGAAGCCGAAGAAUAACGGCAAUGAUGAGCCAAAUGAUCCUGCUACUGUUUCCACGAUCGGCACUAACACUCCUUCACCGUUGAACUUUCAGCGACAAGACCGUGGCCAUGGAAGACAAAAGUCUGGCACUGAAUUAUCAGGUCUUCCGAAGGCGGUCGUUCCUCCUGGUGCUAUGUCCUCUCUGGUAGCAGCUGGUCUGAAUCAAUCCCAGAUUGAUACCUUGGCCACGUUGGUAGCGCAAUACCAACAUUUACCUCAACCACAGCAACAACGACAACAAGCAAACUACCUGCAAUCAGUGAACCCAAAUCUUAAUGAAAGAACCAUCUUGAGCCUAAACGACGUAUUCAACUACAACUCUGGCUCGAGUAAUCCUUCCAAUAGAGAUGCGACCAGCACUACGAGCCCCAUUUCACCUUACGAGCAAAUUCAUGGGGUUCAGUCAAAUGGUCAGCAGCGUCGUGGUAAUCAGACGGAGUCGGUUUCAUCUCUCAGUUUUAACAAUUCUGCUAGUGUAGAACCAUCUUCUGUCCAGCAGGGACUUCGAAAGUCAUCCAAUGCGUCGUCGGCACAGGUGCCAGAGCAUAAAUAUAUGGCAGAUGACGAUAAGAGAAGAAGGAACACUGCAGCCUCUGCCAGGUUCCGUAUAAAAAAGAAGAUGAAAGAGCAAGCUAUGGAGCGCAAUAUAAAGGAGCUGACGGAGAAUGCUGAAAAGUUGGAACUAAAAAUCCAAAGGCUUGAAAUGGAAAAUAGAUUAUUACGCAACUUGGUUGUGGAAAAAGGUGCCCAGAGGGACUCUCAAGAUUUGGAGAGACUUCGUCGUAAGGCACAGCUGAAAACUGAUAACUCCGAGUCCGGGGCUUCGAAUUUGGAACCAGUGUUGAAGCAGGAACCAAUAUGA